AUGCUUUCAUUAAGAAAUAUUCUUGAACCUUCAAGAAAUGUAUUUAAUACUUUCAUACAGGUUCGUGGUGCUAAAAAAAGAGCAGUUGGUUCAAGAACAAAUAAUAAAGAUUCAGCUGGUAGAAGAUUAGGUCCAAAAAAACAUGAAGGCAAUUUUGUUAAACCAGGAGAGAUUAUUAUGAGACAAAGAGGUACAAAAAUUCAUCCUGGUGAUAAUGUCAAAAUUGGUAAAGAUCAUACUAUAUAUGCUGUAGAACCUGGAUAUGUAAGAUUUUAUUAUGAUCCAUUUCAUCCAUUAAGAAAAUAUGUUGGAGUGGCAUUGACCAACGACAUUAUGUUACCAAAACCUCAUUUUGAACCAAGAUUGAGACGAUUUGGAUAUGUUAGGGUUUCUAAAGCUUUAGAAGCAAAAGAAAUAGAAGAUAGUAUGUCUAGAAAAGAAGAACUCGCUCAACCAAGAAUAAAUCAAAUGAAGGAAGCUACAAUUGAGAUGGAAAAUGAAUUCAAGAGCAAAUUCAGAAAUUAUUUAAGUAAAGAAACUAAAAUGAAUGAAAAGGAAGUGACAGAAGCUAGUGAAAGAUUAUAUAAAAUAUAUCAACUUCUAAAGUCAAACAUGUCAUUAUCAGAAGCUAGAGAACAAUGCACAUUUGAAACUUUAUUCAAUAUGAAAUUGAAUUACAAAAAAGGAGAAUAUGCAAAUGAACAAGAAUAUAAUUUACUGAAAAAUAAUUAUAUUCAAUUCAGUGAAUUGCUUGAUUCAAAAAUUGCUGUUGAUUUUGAAGGCAACCUUUAUAAUUCAAUUAAUGUAAAAUCUUUAGAUAAAUUAAAGACAGAAAUCAAAAGUGAAUUGGAGAAUCUAUAUACAAAUGAAAUUUUAAAGACUGGCUAUAAAAGUAAAGUUGAAAAUCUUAUUAAAACACCUGGAGUCUUUAACGAGGAUGAACAAACCAAACUUUCCUAUAAAUAUUUACCAAAAGUAAUACCAUACCAUAUAAAUGGAUCAAUAACCAAAAUAAACGAUUUGAAACAGGUUCCAAAAGGUUCAAAUUUAAAACAAAUUUAUGAUGAAAAGAGUAAAAGUGCUAAUCAUUAUAUCAUUAAAACUUUAGGUUAG